AUGAGCCAGCAGAGGCCAGCAUUCUGGCAACCUUCAAACAGUCAACCUGAAGAGCAGCAGACACCUGAAGUAAAGAAGAAGUUCAAAGAUGGCAUACUAACAUGGAAAAAGGACUCUAUUGAAUCUGAUCAGGGUGCUGCCUAUGCUCCUAUCAAGUCUGGAACUCUUGGACGUGCUAAUCCAAUUCAACAAGUCAUAAGAGAUGGAUCACAGAGUACUGGAACAUUAAGACGAGCGAAUGUAAAGCCAAAUCCAUUUGUUUUCGAUCCCCCACAGUCUCAAUCCACACCAAAAGUAGCUCAUCCACUCAAUGCUCGCCCCGGAAGUGCCAGACAGAUGGGUAGAGAUCAAAAGCUGACAUGGGGAAGACUUCCUCCGGGAGCUGGUUCUCGCUCAACAUCAGCAAUGGGCCAAUCGUACACUCUUCGACCCCCUAGCCGGCAGAGUGAUGCCGGAGUUGCCGGAAUGUCAAACUGCAUCGGCUCACGUUAUCAAUCGUAUUGUACUCUACCACGACCGGAAAACUUAGAAGCCGAAUCAUUGAUGGAUCUUCAUCAUCGAUCCAUGUAUGAUCCAUAUAAGCUUCAUUUAGCUUCUCGUCCUCCAUCAGCUAUUCCUCCAAUGAUGGCUCCAGCUAUCAUUGAUCCAUAUCUUCGUCCUCCAUCUACUUUCACAGCAAUCACAACAGCUCCCGUAGCUCCAGCUCCAAUGCUAUUCAUGACACCACCUCGUUCAAAAGCAGCAGAACAUGACUUGAUUAACUGGAACACUCUGUCAACCUUUGGAAGUAUGCAGGUGUUGUGCUCUCUGUGUAUAUUCGGAUUAGGAGUUACACGUAUUCUACAAGGCUCCAAGUGGGCUAUUGGAAUAGAACUCGCCUAUUCUCUUCUUGUCUUAGUAGCAGCCUUAGUUGGAAUUUACGCUGUCAAACGUCGAAGCUAUUCAGCAGCAACUUUCUCUUACUCAUUAACAUCUUUCAAUAUUCUUUUAUCAAUUGUUCCUUUCAUUUUGGGAUUAUUCCCAACCAUUCCAUGGACAUUCCCAGAAGUUGAAGCAUCCUGGUUUGUCCGCGAUAGUGAGCCUGUAGAGCUUGAUCUCUGCUUAAGUCUUGUUGUUUUCAUACAGGCUCUUAUAUCAGUUGUUAUAAGUUGUAGCGGUUGUCGUUCAAUGGGAAACGUCUGUCAAGUUUUAGAAGAAGUUAAGCUUCAAUCGGAUAUGCAACGAGCAUUCAGCAGUUCUCCUAUUCCACCAAAGCAAUAA